UCUUCCAAACAAUCUUCCACUCUCACUCCCCCCUCUCCCCUCUCUCUCUCUAAAACCUCUCUUUUAUCUCUCUUAUUCCUGAAUCCUUAAUCAUCAAUCUGAAGUCUACAGAUAUAUACAUACACUAUAGAUAUAGAAAAUAUGUUGUUAGGAAAGAGGAUGCGUCCACCGAUGAAGAGGACUACAAGCAUGACUGAGUUCACCUUGGAAAUCGACGUCGCCACCAAGUCCGGCGAAGGUACUGCUGCUAAUUAUCAGCUGUUUGAUCCUCAAAAGCCAGUCAGUAGUGGCGGUUUAGAUCAGAGGUUCUUGGCUACCGCCACAGCCGCCGCGUCUCCCACACCCCUUCGCCGCAAUUCAGCAGAUUCAGUCGAAACUGCUCAUUUCUUGAGGGCCUGCUCCCUCUGUAAACGCCGUUUGAUUCCCGGUCGAGAUAUCUAUAUGUAUAGAGGUGAUAGUGCUUUCUGCAGUUCAGAGUGUAGGCAACAACAGAUGACUCAAGACGAGAGAAAAGAGAAGUCUUCAUUGGUCACGAAGAGGGGAGCUGCAACCGUCACCACCGGAGCAAAAGCCAGCGCCACCAGCGGCGAGACUGUACCCGCCGUCUAGAUUAGUGAUAGACAUUACAUAUAUCUGUGAGAUAUAUAUUAUUUAUAUCGCGGUAUAUGUGUUAUGCACCAACUUAGAUUUGAAAUUAUGUAAGCAUGUAUUAUGUAUAUUCGGGGCUGGUUUCUUCUUUCUUUCUUUCUUUUUUUUUUUUAAACCUAUUAUCUGAUGGGAUAAUCAUGGAAAAGGAGGGUUCCUUGCUUAUAUUUUCACCUAUUAGGUGAUGGGAAAUUUAUGGAAAAGCGUUCUUAUAUUUC